GGUACAGCAGGAACUUAAGUAUUGUAGUUUUUAAAAAUGGCUAAAGAGAAUGAUGCCCAAAAAGAAACUGAUAGUUUUAUAGUAAAAUAUAAACAAAAUUAUUAUAAUAUAACAGAGUUUAUGCAUAAACACCCUGGUGGCAUAACGACACUAAAGGGUUUAAAUAAUGCGGAUAUGACAGGACGCUUUAUGAAAGCUCCACCACAUUCUGAUGCUGCUAUGUACCUCAUGAAGGAGUAUAAAAUCAAAACAAAUGCAAAACAUGCUCAUACGAACGGGCACAAUGGCUUGACGAAGGUUCAAAAGGAAAAUGGCAUUGAGUUAAUCGAAGAAGAAGAUAGGAAUGAUGGUCAUCUGGAUGAGAGUAUGGAGUAUUUAGUCGAUUGGUCAAAAGCAAUGGUGCCACAGAUACCUAACAUAACAAAGCAUUACGAUGAAUGGGUACAUAAACCAGUAGACAGACCUCUACGUCUUUUUGGACCAUGGUAUUUAGAAAUGUGCACGAAAACACCUUGGUGGGUAGUACCCACAUUUUGGAUACCAGUCAUAGUUAAAUGUAUAUUAAACGAGUUUUUAGAUGCUAUGAAUGCAGCGAACAUAGAAAAGUUAAUCUACCUCAUUGGCUAUUUUAUAGUUGGAAUUUUAUUUUGGACAUUAUUGGAGUAUGCGCUUCAUCGUUGGGUAUUUCAUAUGAAAAUCAAUAGCAACACCAAUAUUUGGCUGUGUACAUUCCAUUUUAUGAUUCAUGGCCUUCAUCACAAAGUACCCUUUGAUCCAUUGCGACUAGUAUUUCCACCAUUGCCUGGUGCACUUAUUUGUACAAUAAUAUACACUCCGAUUAGCUUUUUGGUGCCGACUCCUCAUGUCCUACUUAGUGGAGCACUAUUUGGCUAUUUAUGUUACGAUAUGAUGCAUUAUUACUUACAUUACGGAAGUCCCACAAUGCGCCAUAUGUACCAUAUGAAACGUUAUCAUUAUCAGCAUCAUUUCGCGCAUCAGAAUAUGGGUUACGGCAUCAGCAGUCCACUCUGGGAUUUCAUUUUUGACACACGUAUACAUUUACGCAAACUGAAGUUUCAGUUACGGUGGAAGUAAUGAGUACGGCAUACCGGCAUACAAUAUAUUGUAUGUCUGUUUUCGUAUUAAGAACAAAUUUUUAGCAAAUAUUUUUUUAUUUUACAACUUUCUAUAUAAGCCAAAGACAUUAAUAUUACCAAUAUUUUUUAAUACUAAUUUUUUGAUAGUAUGUGUACA